AUGAAGCUUACUUCUGCCGUCGCCGCUAGCCUGGCCCUCCUCGCUCCCACUGCUCUCGCCGCCCCCAAAACCAACACAAACUCCAGGUGCUGCCACAAAAACCUCAAUAGUAAUGAGUACCACAAGGAGCUCUCCACCAACUAUCUCAACAUGUGGGGUGGCGAUCUGACCAUCGCCGAAACGAUCCUGCAUCCAGAUCUGGUCAUGUUUGCCGACCGCCUGCCCUCCGCCAACGGCAGUGACCUUAUCCGAGUCACGAGCCGCAAAGAAUUCGUUGCUUUUAUUCAAAAGUCUCGAACUGGCUGGCAGAAAUACUGGUUCGACAUGAUCCACUGGGUGGGCACCGGCGACAAAUUGGCCAUGCGCUGGAAGAUGAACGGUCUUGUGGGCGAGAACAUGGCCAUUCCAACAACAUUAGACCCCGGUGCUUAUGUCACUUACAACGGAACCGACUUUGUGGUUCUUGAUGACUGCACGGGCCAGAUCAAGGAGAUCAACAUGGCCCAGGAUUUUAUUGCCUACUUCCACGAGUUAGGCAUCAAGGGGGUCAUGGUGUAG